CGACUGUACAGUAAGCUGUCAGAAGCUUGUUGCUUAAAUCUGUGCAGUGCUUGAAAGUGAUGAGGAAAUGAGGACGGUAAAGAAGACGAAAUAACAAGCUAUAAUUCCUCGAGCAGAGCGAGACUUGAACUGGUUUUUAGACAGACAUAUCGGUAACACUUUACAUCUUGUUUUCGGUACUUACCGUGGACUGACGUGUCGUUUGCGCUAGCUUGUGCGUGAUCUUCUGGGAAGCGGUUCAUCCGUGAUGAUGAGAUUCCUGGUCGUGGACAGAAGUUCUUGAGUGCUGCAUGAAGUGAGAGAGAUCAUCAACAGGAAGUGCCUUUGAGGGGACAUCACCAUCUCGCAGUCUCUGCGUGUUCAUUGGCGGCCUAUGCUUUGUGUAAGGCUGGACUCAAGCUCCAACACCAGAUACCUCUGCUGCGAGCCUUUUAACUCUUUGCACACCUUCAGGACCUAAAGAACUCUGAAAUAAAGCCAUAGUAUGCAGACAGAGGAGAAUUACCUAAGAAUGUAUGACUGAAGUGAUUUGCAGUAAAGUCCUUCCAGCAGUCGUUGCUUUCUGAUGGUUGAUUUCUCAGUGAUUGACCAGCUGUUUGAUCUUUGUGCUUAUGCUGAUGGAGGACUCGCCUGCUUGUUUUAACAGCGGACUUUGUAUAUAGAGCCAACUUGCAGCAUCGUGGUGUUGGAGGCAUAAGAAGAUUGAACUUACAAAACCUACGACCUAAUUUAUGAUAACAACCUUUGGACAUGGCGUUAAACCUUGCAUCAGUAAGAGACACAAAAUGGCUAACUCUGGAAGUGUGCCGACAGUUUCAGCGAGGAAACUGUUCACGUAGUGAUGAGGAGUGCAAAUUUGCUCAUCCACCGAAGAGCUGCCAAGUUGAGAAUGGGAGGGUCAUAGCCUGCUUUGAUUCACUGAAGGGUCGAUGCUCAAGAGAAAACUGCAAGUAUCUGCAUCCACCUUCACACUUGAAAACACAGUUAGAGAUCAACGGGCGCAACAAUCUCAUCCAGCAGAAGACGGCAGCGGCCGUGCUCGCCCAACAGAUGCAGCUCAUGAUCCCCGGACCCAGCCUGCAGCCUGUGGCACUUGGCGCAAACUCAGCUCUUGGUUAUGGCUCUUACAUGACACCUCUGAGCCAUGGAAUGAGCCUCGUCCCCACAGACAGCAUGCCCAGCACCCAGGUCCUCAUGUCAGGGAGCCCACCCAUCACGGUGCAGAGCUCCUCCUCUUCUUCCUCUUCCUCUUCUCCCUCACAGAAGCUGCAGCGCACAGACAAACUGGAGGUGUGCCGUGAGUUUCAGCGGGGAAACUGUGCACGAGGGGAGACAGAUUGCCGCUUCGCUCACCCUAGUGACAGUCCCAUGAUUGACAGCACCGACAACACUGUCACCGUUUGCAUGGACUACAUCAAGAGCCGCUGCUCCAGGGAGAAGUGCAAGUAUUUUCACCCGCCUGCACACUUGCAGGCCAAAAUCAAAUCCAGUCAACAGCAAGUCAGUCACACAGCCGUGGCAGCCCAGGCAGCAGCCGCAGCCAUGACUCAGUCGACUGCCAAAGCAAUGAAGCGAUCCCUCGAGGCAACUGUAGACCUGGCCUUUCCCCACAGCAUGUUACAGCCACUACCAAAGAGACAGGCUCUGGAGAAGAGCAGCUGGGCAGGCUCUCUCCUCAGCCCCAGCUUUCUGCAUUACCAACAAGCACUGGCAAACUCACAGCUGCAGCAGCCCACCGCUGCUUUUUACCCAACUGGGUCGGUCUUCUGCAUGGCUCCUGGUAACAGUUUUGAUCAUCCUCAAGUAACCACCAGGAGCAGAAGUCAGUGCUGUGUUGCUGCUGUUAAAGACCCCAAACACCUGCUCUGUAAAUACUCUAACACCACACACAAGCUACAACACGCUGCAUGCUGAUAACAACCCUGUAGACAUGACUACAUCAUCAUAAUCAGUAACAUAGCUCCAAUACUAGGAUUUUACUGUUUUAGAGAAGUGUCCCCCAAGAUAAUUGUAUGUAUGCGCUUUUGCACCUGCAUUCACUUGCAUCUUCAGUAAUGUGCAUAAGAUCCUUGUUUCUAUUACCUUAAGCCAUCUGACAAGGUGUCAAGAAGCUUCAAUGAACUGAAAUACAAUGUAUCUGCUGUUCACAUAUAUACUGUAGGUGCCUCGUGUAAAGAAAAAAAAAAAAAAAAAAGAAAGAAACUGUUCGGAA